CAUUGUAGGAUCCGUCUGUUUCUGACUUUGUUUAGUGUCUCUGCCACUCCAAAGUUUAAAAAACCAAACAGUGAUCCCUUUUUUUUUCCUCUCGAAAGAAAAACAAAAGAAAAAAAAAACAGUCAAGAGUUUCCCACCCUUCUCCUUUUCUUUUGCCCAUCAUGAUGUUUAGGCUCAAGAUGGAGUUGAUCGCCAGCGCCGCCGUGCUUUCAAGCAUUGCGUCCGGCCUUGAUGUCAACGUCGCCAGGAGUUUGUCGGGCGUCUGUCCUCGGGACACCGAGUAUGCCAAGCUCGGCUGCAGCCUGUCGCCCGAGUCCAAGAUGUACUUUCCUGGCUCGGCCGAGUUCACAGCUGCAUCCACCCGAUGGUCAAACCUUGCCCCGCCCACGGUUGACGUUGUGGUUGUACCAGCCACCGAGGAUGACGUCUCCAAGACUGUUAAAUACGCCAACAAGAAUAAAAAGCCUUUCUUGGCAUACAAUACCGUCCAUGGAAGCCUCACAACCUUGGGGCGCAUGAACGGUGGUAUUGAGAUCUUCCUCAACCAACUCAACGGCAUCGAGAUAGCCCCUGACGGGCAGACCGCCAAGCUGGGUGGCGGCGUCCGGUCCAAGGAUGUAACCAAUACGCUGUUCGCCGCAGGGAAGCAGACCGUCACUGGCACGUGCGAGUGCGUCUCCAUGAUGGGUCCUGCCCUUGGAGGUGGCCAUGGGUGGCUUCAGGGUCACUAUGGUCUCGUGGCCGACAACAUCAUCUCCUUCAACGUGGUGCUUGCCGAUGGAUCCCGCGUCACAGUCGACAAGUCCUCGGAUCUGUUUUAUGCCCUAAAGGGCGCCGGCCAUAAUUUUGUCAUCGUCACGUCCAUCGUCGCCAAGAUCUACGAUGUGACGCAGCCCAACUGGGCCAUCAACACCAUGGUUUUCAGCGGCGACAAGGUCGAGGCUGUGUAUGCUGCCGCCAAUGAGCAUUUCGUCAAGAACGGCAACCAGGACACGGCGCUCAUCAACUGGUCCUACUGGCUCAACAGCGCGGACCUGGACCCAAACAACCCAAUCAUCAUAUUCUACAUCAUCCAGGAGGGCGUCGACGUCGUAGACAAGGCCUACACCGACCCCUUCACCGCCAUCGGACCCAUGGUCUCGACCCCGGAAUCCGGCAACUACACACAAGUCUCAGGCUGGGCCGGGGUUGCCGACACGGCCCCGCCCUGCCAAAAGGACGGCAAGGCGAACCCGCGCUUCCCCAUCUACCAGGAGCGAUACAACGCGACGGCGAUGCGCCAGGCCUACAAUCUGUACGCGUCGCAGGUCGGGCCGGCCGACAGCCCCUUCCACGGCAGCAUCUUCAUGUUUGAGGGGUAUUCAGGCCAAGGCAUGCGCGCCGUGCCGUCCGACUCGACGGCGUUUGCGCAUCGGAGCGAGAACCUGCUCAAUGCGCCGCUGAUCCAGUACCAGCCGGGCUCGGCGGAGCUGGACGCGCGCGCCGAGAAGCUCGGCAACGACCUCAGGCAGAUCCUGCAGGACGGAACCGGGCGCACGGGUCUGCCGCCCGCAUAUGUCAACUAUGGGUAUGGCACAGAGCAGCAGACGCAGUUUUAUGGUGCUCAGCCCGGAAGGAUCGAGAAGCUGUGCAAGCUCAAGAAAAAGUAUGACCCGAAUGGCCGAUUUAACUUUUAUGCGCCGUUGCAGUGUGGCAAGGGUGCAUACUAG